ACCAAGCGCACUGCAAGGAACAGAGAAAACCAAGGAUUCCUUGAAUUCUAAACUACAGUCAAUUGUAGAUUACUAAAAUCGAGCCAAGGAUUCCUGGAGUCGCAGACCACAGACAAAGACGUCUGUUGAAAGCCUGCAAAAAGGAAGGAAGGAUUCUUCACCUUAUCAUAAGAAAACUCAACUAAGUCACCAGAAUGACUCACACAAUCCAAAGUGGCGUUUUGAUCAUAUCUGUGCUUCUCAGCCGCCUAGUCAUCACAGAAAGUAUGAGCAUGCGGGCGGCCGGAGUCGAGCCCCGCUGUCGCUGCAUCGCCACAGAGAGCAGGCGGAUUGGAAAACUGAUCGCCAGAGUGGAGCUUUAUUCCCCAACACCUCAUUGCAAAGACACAGAGAUCAUAGCCACCCUGAAAGAUAGUGGUAAGGAGAUUUGCCUGGACCCGAGCGCUCGAUGGGUUAAAAAGGUCAUUGCCAACAUUUUAUCCAGACGUCAGACAUGAAAUCUAUGCUGACAACGUGGACUCUGCCUGUUACAACACUGUGAAUAGACAGUGUGAUGAGUGGAGACAGAAUCAACUGAACACUGAUAGAAACUGUCUGAAUAGCUCUACUUUGAAAAGACCACACCAAAGUCUUGACACACUGUAUUUCAAGUGUGCCUUGUGAAUGCACUCCAGUUAAUGUGAAACAUGCGGCUCAUACAUAAACAUACUUGCCCGUGAGUAAAUUUUAAUGGUGAUGUGUUUCUGCUGAACAAGGACAAUCAUCAACCAAUUGAGACAAGACUGGUAUAAACACUGAUGAGGUAGGAAACCCAGCCUGACGUGUGCAUCCAGCAUAUCUCACUGAACAACUGGUAAUGUUGUUAGUUUUAAGUUCUGACUUCAACCAUAGCGAAAUAAGAAUGAAGGGGCAUCAUAAUUACAUGUUGUCCAACUGUUUUAUUCAGUAUAGCAUUGCAUACUUAUUAUAGGCCUACCAUCUGAUGUCAACUGUUUGCAAACAUUAAUCUGAGGCAAGAUUUUUAAUUCACUGUGAGUGCAUUCCAAUAUGCAGACCCCCAUCUUCCCUUGCUCACUUUCCUCCUUGUGGCCUCUUGAUGACACUACGGACAACAGAGUUGCAUUUCAAUAUCUUGCAAAAGGUCAAUUCUAAUGUAAUUUUCUCAUUUGCAAACGUAAUGGUGAAUGAACAAUAGUCCCCCAAAAGUUGUUGAGGCAAGUCUGACAGCGGGGAAGCUUUACUGUUUUCUCCACGGAGGCGGGGCGUCAGUGAAAUGCAAGGCCACAACCACAGACAGAGGACGGGAGUCCGCACAUUGGAAUCGAUCCUGUGUGAUGUAAUAUGGUUGCCUUUUUAAACCGUAGGGCUCAGUAUUUGCAGUGAGAUGCUCCCUCUGUUGGUCAUAUGAGGAAAGACUCAGAUGGCUAUGCUGGCAUCACAAUGUUUUUGUAGGCCAACUUUUAAAAAAAAAUCAAUUUUGACUGUUGUCUUUUUCUCAAUUUUUUUUUGCAAUAGAAACAUAACCAAUGCACAUGGAUUUGUUUGUCUUCUUGUUGUUUUUUAUACUCAUUUUCACCUUUUGCAAUAAAACAUAAUAAAGCCACAAACUUGGAUGUCAUCUCAGACCAAACACGGUGUGCUCCUUCUGACCUGGUCCUCAUACUAGGCCUAGACUGGUAAUCUGGUAUACGGGUGGGCUGUUUGAGGUCUUUGUAUUUUCUUACAGACUGGUAAAGAAUUUAGAGGGGGGUCACACAAAAAGCCGGGGUCUUUGUAUAGUCAGUCUAGUCCAGUGUUUCUCAAGGUGUGGCGCAAGCCCCCCUGGGGGGGCGCGGAGUCAUCACAGGGGGAGCGUGUGACAUCUGAUUUAGUUAUUUUUUCCCCUAGGAAGUAAUUUCCUGUCUCUCCAAUACGCAAUACAUUUUAAGCUAAGAGGCGGGGGGGGGGCUUGGAAGCAUCCAGACCCUCCGAAAGGGGGAAUGAUGGGAAAAGUUUGAGAACCACUGGUCUAGUCCUUCCCACAUGCCAACAUCUCAACUCUUCCAACUGCACAUCUGCAAGUACUUCAUCGCAUCCCUUCCUACAAACUCUUGCUGAUGUUGAAUCUACUCUGCCUUGGCUCCUACUGUUUCUUCUUGUACUAUGUUAAACUUUGACUUUUUU